GUCAGACCAUAUUUUAAAUUUGAUUUGCAGGUAAAGGUUAUCUAUGUUUCGAAACGUGGCAGCAGAAUUAUUUUUGAGGCUAAGUAUCAUAGUUACAUCAGUAUGCCUUUCAUGUGGGCAAAUAUUGCAACAGGGUCCAAUGAAUCCGAGUAUGGAUUUCUCAACUCUAUUGGGUGGUAGUGUACCUGGAGAUGCAACUCAAAGUGCACAAAUAGGAUCAGUCAUGACGAGUUCUGCAACUGAUCAGUCACAAUCAUUCAUACCUAUGCAAAACACAGUGUCUCUUACAACACCAAAUGCAGGUGAUAUGGACCAGUCGACUGAAAGCCAAGUAGAAGGUAUCCAACCAGCAUCUUCAGUAAUUAAUUUUUACCCUGGAUAUGGCACACAGUUUGGGUAUUCCAGCUAUUUGCCCACACCAUAUUCUGGAAGACCAUAUUUUCCUGGGAGCAUUACUUAUUCUGAAAAAACAGUUGUUAGUCCUAUUCCUGGAGCGAUUCCACCCCCAAUUCCGGUUCCUGCUAUACCCCCAAGUAAUGGAUUAGCACCUAAUGGAUUGUCACCAGUUGUACCAGGUGUGCAAGGUGGACCUUCAGUAACUCCAAUCUCUCCUCCAACGUCUCCCUCAGUUCCUCCAGUAACUCAACAGAUACCUCAAACAUCUAUUUUACCCUACAUAAUCAUGCCCCCUCCAGAAAUAUUGUUACAGUAUCUAUUUCCUGCGGGCUUUUUGCCAAAACCUUACAACGGCCAGUAUUUUCCAAAGUGGCUUAAGUUUCUUCAAGAAUUAUACAGGAAUAACUAUGACGGGAUAAAUCACUCAGGCAGAGAAUAUGGUGACAUUUAUACGCCGGACUACUAUGAUUAUUAUGCACCUACAGAUACGGACCUACAGUACUGGUCGAAAAGAAAGAAAAGACUGGAUAUUUUUAGGCGCAGGAAACGAUACAAUUUAACCAAGCGUUUGACAUAA